CUUCAAAAAUAAAGAAGUUUCCAUACAAGAACUUGAAUUUGAUCGUUCAAUUUGUAUGUCAGCUAUAAGCUAGAGAUCUGAAUAUUUUCUCAAAUAUUGUAGCUUUGCCGUAUCGGCGGUUCCACCAAGUGAGCAGCUUCUUGAAGAGAAAAGGACGUGUGCAAAAUUUCAGAUCGAUGUCUCAAAAACUAUUUCGCGUAUAUACACACGGACAUGACUAAACCGACUCAGCUCGCAUUGUUGAUAUUUUAUAUAUUAUAUAUAUAUAUACAUAUAUGCGACGUUUACUUCAAAACCGGCUUUUUUAAUAUGACAUAAAAAGUUAGGGGCAAUCAGUAUUCAAAUAUAUAUUCAAAGCAAAGCGAUUUUGUACAUUUUCUAUAUAAUAUCUAGAUAUAUUUCAUAAAAAUUUGAAGUAAAUCCGACAAAUACUUUCACUGCCUUUUCCUUUAAAAUCGACGCAAAGCGCUUACUAUAAACAUCCGAGGCAAGCACCUUGAAGUAGAAAAUGGUGAAUUUUAAGUUUCCAACCAACCAAUGCAAGCGACUUCUCCUCACACCUAAGUUUCGAACCAUGAGCUGAAUACAGAGUGCUCCCAAAGCGGGGCAAAUAUUGAAAAUAUGACAGCAUUUAAUAUUUUGCAUGUGGAGAAGUGAUUGAAUUUUUUCACUGAAUUUUUCAUGCUUGUUUAGCAAACUUUUUUACUAAAAGUAUUAUCUUACAGCUGUAAACCAUUUAGCAGACAUCACGGCUUAUUAUUGCGGAGAGUGGCUACUACUACAAUUGACAGCUGGAAGUAAAUCUGCUGUUCACAAUAAACAACUUUCAAGCAGCGUUGUAUUUUCCCGGUUUUAAAAGCCAAAAAUUUCUUCAAUAAACAAAACUUUUAUAAGCCCGAAUUUCAAACGAUACCUGAAUGGAACAGUUUAGAUUUGUCCGACAAUCGACGCGGACGCAGCGACGGAGUGUAACGAAAGCGCGACAGUGGCAUUUGUGUGGAGUCGAAUUAAGUGGUGGCAGAAAAUUUAUGAAAUCAACUAAUUUCAGUUAAAGAAUUGAAUAUAAAUAAUCGUAAUAAAUGCAAUUAACAAGUGAAAAGUAAUUGAAAUAUGUGUAAGUAAUUGAAUCAAAGUUUAGCAAAGUGUUUUCAAAUCCAGUUGAAUUCAUACACAUAGUUUUUCAUAAGAAAAAAUCAAAAGUCAGUGAGAAAAACGAAGAAGUGGAGGAAAAGUGUACGCAAAACAAGAAUUUUUGUGUACUCCACGAGCGAGCGCGAGUACGAAGCAGCGGCGAAGAAGAUUGCCGUCGAGCCGUCACUGAAAAUCAAAGUGGAAAGAAAAACGGGCGAAAAAUAGUAAAGCAGGACGGAAAGUCCUUAAACGAAACGAGGAAAAUUUGUGUUUUCUGAGAGCGAUAACUUCCAAAGUAUAAAAGUUACGUUUUCGUUUGUGUUUACAUGUAUAUGUGAUUAAGAAAAUUUUGAAAAGUGAAAAGUGCAUGCAAAUAUGUAUUCCUUUUGCAACGUUGGAAUGCGCAUUUGUGGCAGCAAAUAACGAAUAACGUAAAGGUUUGUGAAAUGUAUGGUGUUUAAGUGUUGGCGAAAAUGACCGUGAGUCGUGUACAAAUUAACACGGCUGGAAAGUUUUGGCAUAAAAUAGAAAUUUUCAAAAUAAAAUUCAAUAUUAAUAGUUUGUGAAAUACAGACGGAGUAACGAAGAAGUUUCUAUCUUUUGGUUUUUCAUGUCUCGACUGCUUUAAUUUAGCUACAUUCAAAGUGUAUCUGUGUGUGAGUGUUUGUUGUGUGCGUGCACGGAUUAUUGGAUUAUUACCUGUUUUGCUUCUUCUGCGAGCGCAGUCGGCAGCGGCAGUGACAGUGCCGUCAACGUAGUCGACGACCGACGACGUUCAGCACAGCGACCUGACAUUUUUUCGGCUUUGCUUUACGGAUUAUUCGUUGUUGGUUGCAGUCGCCGCAUUUAUACCGCUGAUUUGUCCACAACGUAUGCAGCAAGAGUUUCAGCAUCGCCAUUACCAACUCCAUCAGCAUUAACGGUGCAGCAGAGGCAACUAAUGACCGUAUUGCCACAUUAAAUGCAAUUUCUCGGCAUCACUUUUUAACGAUACGACACGGCAAACUAAGGGAGUAAAGAUACACAACAACAACAACAAUAAUUGCACAUACAUAUUGCUGACACAUUGCAAUACGAAGACGAACACCAGCGUAUUGCUGUGCUGUGGAAUGUUGCAGCAACGACAGCCGCUCACAAUAUUUGCCGUUUUUUGUGGCGGCUGCUGCCGCCGCUGCCAGUAACAAACAAGGCAACGUGCAACUGACGCGAAAAGUGGCGAGGUGACUGUGUGCCGCCGACACAACUGCAUAUACACGAAUUUGUUUUAGUUUUUUCACACGCUUUUGCGUUUAUGUGUGUGUGCUGUGCGCGCUGGUAACAUACUGUAUUGCUUGCAGCACGAGUGUCGUUUUAUCAACGUGAAUAAAUUUCGUAAGAAAUUUUUAUCAACGUGAUAGCAGCAAUAAAAGCGAAAUAGUGUGCAGCAGCAGAAGUGGCAACUGAAAAUGCCAAAAAGCGGAGUGCCAUUGAGCUGAGUGUGCAGCGCGGCAAGGCGUUGAUAAAUAGACAUGAAAAUAAAAAUAAAAAACAACACAAGAACAAAUUCCAGCGGCAGCUGUACAGUUAAAUAUGCAUGUGAAACAUUGUAAAUAAAAGACAAAAACAAAACUGAAAGCAAACUGAUAAAACAAAAAUAUAAAAAAUUUUUAAGUAAAAUAAAAAGAAAAAAUAUAAAAAAACUUUGAAGUGUAUACAAGUUGAAAGUAAACUAAAGUAAAUAACAACAACAACAAUUGAAUAUCGUAUUAAAAACGAAUACCGAGUGCGACGGACCUGAGUGAUAAAACUCCCCUGCAAAUGCAUUAAUAAACGACGAUUUGUUUAACAUUUGUAGUCGGCGAUAUUGGUGUGUGUGCUCAGUGCAUACUUAUUGACAACCGUAACGUAGACAGGACGGACGGCAGUCAGUCGGGUUGUCAGCGUGCGUUCGAUAGACACUUACAAGGCGUCCGGCAGUGUCACACUCGCACACGCAGCCGAGCGAGGAAUCGCAAAAUCAAAGUCGAACACUCGCUUAGUUAAAGAGACCAGACAAACAGUCAGUCAAAUAAAUUGAGCUGCCAGUAAUGCGCAAGCAAUCGAGCUUUUAGUGUAGCACAUACGCAUUAUAGUUAGACAAGCCAGACUGACUGUCAAUCAGCUAGUGCGCUAGUUGAGUUUGUCACUUAUUGAAGGCACGUUGCGUCGACGCUCCCAGCAUUUGCAGCAAACAGCGAACAAUAACGUCUAGCGCUCAGUGAAUUUGUAAACAAGUAAUAAAUUCAUAUAUAAACUGUCGAGACUGAGCAGUAAGUGAAUGAUACAACUCGCGCGCGCAUCAAACUCGACGCAGCGGUAAAUUGACAGUUUUACGAGUAGGUGGCUAGCACAAAUAGCAGCAGUAUACUUUGUUGCGAAUAGAUCAACAACGCAUACGUGCAUGCAUAUAUUUUGAAGCGACAACGUCAAACGUACAACUGAGUUGUUUGCUCGCAAAGCGUGGCGGCCAGCCUACGAGGAGCUCGAGUGUAAAACUAAGAAACCGCCAACUCAAUUCCAGCGCGUAACAAGCGACGCAACGAGUAAACGCGCAAGCAUUUCGACGCACACUGCCACGCCCAUAUCUACGCCAACCCGCAGACUUUAAUAUCAACAUAACAGUAGGCUGGCCUCGGCAAUACCACCCGCUGUUCCAGCGCGCGUACGCUAGUUGUUAGCCGAGCGCGGCGUGGUGCGCUUUUACUGCCCCCCUCGACGCGUCGCAGCGACAGCAGCGCAGCUUAGCGAAGAUCAAAAGUAAUGAACAGUGAAAAUUUAAUGAAAAAAAUAUGCAAAAUACUUUUAGUAAAAACAAAUAAAAUUGAAUAAAGCUUGCGCGCUGCAAACGAUGACAUGCUCUCAAAAUUUUACUCAACAGCAAAACAACAACACAUACAAAAGCCAACUGAAACAGUAUACAAGCGAUACGAUUGUGAUCGCAGCAGAGCAAGCAACAGCCAAAACUCAGCAGCAACAACAACACAGGAGCACGCUUGUUGUUGCUUACACGCCAGAACCACAUAAAUUCAAUGGAAAAUGAUGUUCACCGCCAGCAUCAGCAGCAGCAGCGGCAGCAAAGGCAACAACAACAAGUGUAACAAGAAAUGCAUUUGCAAAAGCGCACACAGCAUUGGCAGCGACGUCGUCUGCAACUGUAGUUUGCUAACAGCAUCCAGCACGCCGAUCAGCGCGCAUGGUUCGGCCAAGCAGCGCAGCAGCAGCAGCUAUAAGAAAUACCGCAGAGCGAAACUGCGCAACGACGUCCAACACAGCGAUUCUGGCUCUAACAACAACAUCAACAACAACCAUGACGCACAGCGUUUGGACCAUUGCAGCAGCAGCCGAAGUAGUAAUUCAAUUACGUCAUUAUCGCCUGCGACCGCGCCCACAACAACAACAGCGUUCAGUGCAGAUAGCACUAAUUCAUGCAGUUCCACAGUCCACCGACAACGGCGACGCCACGUUGCUUCGCUUACCGCUUGCUGCAGUUCGGCGGCAUCAAUCUCGUCCAUUGCAGUGGCGUUGACCGCCGGUUUAAGCAUUUGUCGCGCCUUCAGCUUAUCGAUAUGCGUUCUGCUGUUGCUGCGACUUGCGCCCACUGUGCACGGCCUUGCUGUCGGUGUGGACACGGCCAAUGCCAACCUCACAGAUUUGGGUAGUCCCGGUGGGUAUUCUACGACUAUUCUACUAUUUAUAAUGCAGUUUAAGUUAUAUACGCAUAUUUUUAUUCGUAGUCCUAAGCUAUUUUAUAAUGCAGGAAAUCUUUUAAAAUUUGCUGCUGCUGCCAUCUAUACAUUUUCCUUUAAUGAUGGUGUAGUAGGUUUACCUUAUUAUGUACCAUAUUACUUGUAUAUAGUUAUUAGCUCAGCACUUUACCAAACACUUUCAAUUCCGAAUUGUACUGGAGGUUUUGUAAAUUCAGAUUUUGCUUUAGUCGGAAUCGAACAUAAGUUGUAUGUCAAUUUAGUCCAGUGUAGUGAAAGUUUAGAAAAACAUUAUUGAUUUGCUUACGGUCUGAUGUGACCUAGGUGUUUAAAUUCAUGUUAAUUUUAUAGGAAUAAGUACAAAUUAUAUAAGCGCUAUCAUAUUAUUCAAUUCCCUCUUUCCUAAAAUUAUAAGCCUUUUGGGUCCGUGUUCCAUAAACUACCACCUAGAAGAAACGUCUGGGACUCUUUAAUAUAUAUUUAUAUGGUAUAUCAUAAAUAAUCUGCGUGACGACAUGAGUUGAUUUGUCCAUGGCCGUCUAUCAAUCUGCCAUAUCGGACCCCUGUAGUAUAAAGUAAAGUUUAAGCUUUUUCGUCUUUCACGUAAGAUGAGGACUGGACUCUUUAUCGUGUCGAAGAUGGCUUGUGUUGCUUGUUUGGUCUUUAUGUACAAUAAUUAAUCACGGAGCGUGCCUCAACAUUGCCCAGAUCAAACAAUAUACUAUUUACGUCUUGAGGCACAAUUUCCUGUUCAACAAUUACCACUUGAAUACCUGUGUAUGUAUGUAGAUAUGUGUGCAUAUACAUGGUCUGUGCUGAUGUGUGUGUCGCACUCGCAUAAACGUCGACAAAGUUCAGUGGCCAAUUCACUUAUACGCUGCUGGGAAUCAUUGUCGCACCGUUUGUCAUCAUGUCCUUUACUCUGCACAUACACACUUACAUACAUACGUAUGUAUGUACGCAAGUGCAUGAACUUAAAUAGUUUUUGUUGCGGCGACAUUCGGUAUCUUCAUUUUCAUUUCAAUUUAUUUUUCUACUUCUUUGCGUUGCUUCUAUUCGCAUUGAUUUCAUGUUGUUUUCGAUUUUUUUUCUCAAGUUUUCUUUUUUCCUCAAUUUUUGUUCUUUUGUUUCGUUGUACACCUGCAUUUUUACCGCGCUCCUGUCACACUAUCGCAUUUUAUACCAUUUCCUUUGCCACAUCAAGCACCCGCAACCGACUUCUCAGCGUUACCUCAAAGCAAUAGCGCCACGACACCACCACCACCAGCAGUAGCAACCCGGUCCCAUUCAGUCAAACAGUGCCUCUAAGCAUCAAUUAACCCAAUUUUCAAAUCCAUUUGCACUGCUACGCCGCAAAAUUGCAGUUGGCCGGAGCGUUGAAGUGGCGAAGUGACUACAGUUGCCACCCGUGCUGGCGCUCACCUUUUAGCCCUAGGAUGUGCCAACAACAACAAAUGCGCCGCAACGCCACUUCAUUUUCUCUUCACACCAUGACGGCGAAGCCCCCUCCCUGCACGACCAACCACUUCCGUCAUAACCAUUUAUAUAUCUAUGGUGUUUGUGUGCUUUGUAAUAUAUUUAUAUAUAUAUAUUUUUAUAAUAUAUAUAUAUAUAUAUAUUUUUAUAAUAUAUAUAUAUAUAUGUAUAUACGUAUAUAUUUGUAUUGAGUUAGCUUACCUCAGAGCUAAACUCCCAAUGGCGCUGCAUGUGAGUGUGUGCAGAGUGUAGGCCCGACUGUGCCACCUCCACCCACUGGCUCUCAAGCAAAGUAUAUACACAUAUACACCCACAUAUAUAUAUAUAUAUAUAUACGGGUAUAUGAUUCAAGUGCGCUGUGGCUGGUGACGUUUACCAACGGUGGCAGCAGCAGCAGCUUUGGCAGUUGUUGGCCAUUUUCCGCCAAUUCUCUGUACGAUUUCCUCGCUUUUCUAUUUUUAUUCUUAUAUAUGUAUAUAUAUUCUAUAUAUAUUUACACUACUAGUUAUACGCUUUUAUGUAUGUGUGUUUCGCUUUAUUCUACACAUUGCCCCUAGCGGUAUUUAAGUUUAUUUGCAGAGUUGUUGUUGCUGUCGUCAACGUAGUUGAUUUGGUUUGGUUCGAAUUGGAUUGGAUCGACAGUUUAGAUUGGAUUGUACUGGAUAUGCCGCCCUACCUGCCUAAUACAAUUUCUUUCUUUUCUUAAUUAAAAUCUAAUUCGUGUUACUUUGCAGCAUUUAUAGCAUUUCAAUUUCAGCAAUAACAGUAAAAAUUUUCGCUUUUCAGCCAAUUGAACUGUCCACACUUAAUUUCCUUGCAGCAUUUUUAACAACACUGAUAUAUAUAUGUAUAUAA